AUGGGCAAGGAAAUUGUUCAUCAAGAAUCCUUCAGAGAACCUGGCAAACGUAGCAGGUUAUGGAAUCAUGAAGAUGUCUUUCAUGUCCUGAAGAACGAAACAGGGACAAAUGCAGUUCGAGGCUUGUUCUUAGAUAUGUCCAAAAUUCCAGAUUUACAUCUACGGUCUGAAGCCUUUGAGAAGAUGUCUAGUCUUAAAUUUCUUAAGUUUUAUAAAUCUCAUUUGCAUGAUGGAGAAUUUAUUAAAAGCUCUAAGGUGCAUCUUCCGCUGGGACUAAGAUAUCUUUCUGAUGAGUUGAGCUGCAAUGUGCUUCAAUCAAUUCCAGAGCUUCCACCGGCUCUAAUGUAUUUGGAUGCAAGCUAUUGCAGGCGACUCCAAUCAAUACCAGAGCUUCCAUCAAAUGUAGAAGAAAUGGCUGAAAAUCAGAACUGGAAACAGUAUCCGUAUGCUUCCACCCAUGUUCAUGCUUGA